UUUGCUUUCUGUAGCUUUUCAUGUGUAGCAUUUCUGUGUCACAUGUAGGUGGUGUUUUGGAAUCUGAGCAUUUCAAGUUGAUGAGUGGAGGAAAACCUUCAAGAAAGUGUGGAAUCACCACCAGCGGCAAUCAUCUGUUCUUCAGCGACGAUGGUCUGCGUAUGCUGGAGACUUUAGAUCUGGACUUGUCUUAUGCCAGGUUUAUUCAGUUUUUUCUGAGACUGGGCUGUGGGAAAGCCUCUCCUGAUCCUCGCUCUCAGCCCGUGCUACUGCAGUUUUCCGUGGAUGGAGGGCUGACCUGGACUCUUGUUCAGGAAUUCCUGUACAGCAACAGCAGUAAUCAGGCUCACCUGGUGGCCCUCGAUAUCCCACUCAAAGGCCGUACUUCAGAGACACGCCUGCGCUGGUGGCAGCCAUCUGAGAAUGGCCAUUUCCAUAGUCCCUGGGUCAUAGAUAAAGUAAACAGCUGCUCCACAAAGACAUACGUGACAUUCAUAUGGAUUAAUAUGCUAAUGAAUCUGAUUCCAUAUCCUACUAAGUGUAGUUACUGAUUACAAAUUAUUUUGUAAGAACACUUUAGACAUUACACUAUUCUCACAAGAGCAUUAAAUUAAUGUUAGGGUCAGGAUGAGGAUAAGUUGAUAUCUAGUUAGUUACAGUCGGUUUUUAGAGAUUAGGGGGUUAAAGUAG